GGGGCCCCGGCGUGUGGCCGGCGUGCGCGCAGGCGGCAUGGGGGAGCCUCCCACUCGCCCCGCGCUCUAGCGGCGGCCAGAGGCUGAAGGACAGGCGGCCGCCCGCCGGAGGGUCCCGGGGCGGCCCCGCUUCCAGGGCAUGUGGUGAUGGCUGAUGAGAAGAGACUGAAAGAAUACGGGGUGCUUUGCAUUCAAGAAUACAGAAAAAACAGCAAAGUGGAGUCAAGUACACAUAACAGCUUCAUGGGCUUGAAGGAUCAUCUGGGGCAUGACCUAGGCCACCUUUAUGUGGAGAGCACUGACCCACAUUUAAGUACAUCUGUACCUUGGUCAAUGGUAGAAAAACCAACAAUGGAUAAAGUUAAUUCCGGGAAGGAAGAAAAAGAGGUGUCUGAAGAGAAUGCGAGCUCUGGUGACUCUGAAGAAAGCACAAAUUCUGAUAAUGAGUCAGAACAAUUGAGUAACAUUUCGGUAGAGCCAUGCUUAUUAACCAAGACUCACAGACAACUAUGUAGGUCUCCGUGUUUAGAGCCUCACAUACUCAAACGCAGUGAAAUUUUGCAAGACUUUAAACCUGAAGAGUCUCAGCCAACCAAGGAAGUGAGGAAACCCCCUGAUGUGGUGCGAGAGUACCAAACAAAACUGGAGUUUGCACUGAAGUUAGGUUAUUCUGAAGAACAGGUUCAGCUUGUGCUAAACAAACUUGGUACCGAUGCUUUAAUCAAUGAUAUUUUGGGAGAACUUGUCAAACUUGGAAAUAAAAGUGAGGCUGAACAAACGGUUAGUACAAUUAACAGUAUAAUGAGGGAAACGUCUUCCCUGGAAUCUCAGCGGUCUGAAUCUCCAAUGCAAGAGAUUGUAACAGAUGAUGGGGAAAAUCUGAGACCAAUAGUUAUCGAUGGCAGCAAUGUGGCGAUGAGCCAUGGAAACAAAGAAGUCUUUUCCUGCCGAGGAAUAAAAUUAGCAGUGGAUUGGUUUUUGGAAAGAGGCCACAAGGAUGUUACCGUCUUUGUUCCUGCUUGGAGGAAAGAGCAGUCCCGACCUGACGCGCUCAUCACAGAUCAAGAAGUUCUACGCAAAUUAGAGAAGGAGAAAAUCCUGGUGUUCACACCGUCCCGGAGAGUGCAGGGGAGGCGAGUGGUGUGCUAUGAUGACAGGUUCAUCGUGAAGCUGGCGUUUGAGUCGGAUGGUAUAAUUGUAUCCAAUGAUAACUACAGGGAUUUGGCAAAUGAGAAACCAGAAUGGAAAAAGUUCAUAGAUGAGCGACUAUUAAUGUAUUCAUUUGUCAAUGACAAGUUCAUGCCCCCAGAUGACCCUCUUGGCAGACAUGGUCCAAGCCUGGAUAAUUUUCUGAGGAAGAAACCUAUUGUUCCUGAACACAAAAAGCAGCCUUGUCCAUAUGGAAAGAAGUGUACCUAUGGACACAAGUGCAAAUAUUAUCAUCCAGAAAGGGGCAGUCAGCCUCAGCGGUCAGUGGCUGAUGAACUGCGUGCCAUGUCUAGAAACACAGCAGCCAAAACUGCAAAUGAAGGAGGACUGGUGAAAAGCAACAGUGUCCCCUGCAGCACUAAAGCCGACAGCACUUCCGAUGUUAAGCGAGGUGCUCCAAAGAGGCAAUCGGAUCCAAGCAUAAGGACUCAAGUCUACCAAGACCUAGAGGAAAAGCUUCCCACCAAAAACAAACUGGAAACCAGGUCUGUACCUUCCUUAGUUAGUAUACCGGCUACUUCUACCGCAAAACCCCAAAGCACUACAUCUUUAAGCAAUGGCCUUCCAUCUGGAGUUCAUUUCCCACCUCAGGAUCAAAGAUCACAGGGACAAUAUCCUCCAAUGUUGAUGGCAACCAAAAAUCAUGGAACGCCAAUGCCUUAUGAACAGUAUCCAAAAUGUGACUCGCCUGUCGACAUCGGAUAUUAUUCCAUGUUGAAUGCAUAUUCAAAUCUGAGUAUCUCAGGCCCACGAAGUCCUGAAAGGCGUUUCUCCUUAGACACAGACUAUAGGAUAAGCUCUGUCGCCUCUGACUGCAGCAGUGAAGGGAGCAUGAGCUGCGGGAGCAGUGACUCGUAUGUGGGGUACAGUGACCGCUCCUAUGUCAGUUCUCCUGACCCGCAGCUGGAGGAGAAUCUGAAGUGUCAACACAUGCACCCUCACAGCCGCCUUAAUUCUCAGCCCUUCCUGCAGAAUUUCCACGACCCCUUAACCAGAGUGCAGAGUUACAGUCACGAAGAACCAAAGUACCAUCACAAACCUCCCCUCCCACACCUGGCCGUGCACCUGCAGCACGCCGCCGUGGGGGCCCGGUCCAGCUAUCCUGGCGAUUACCCGUCUCCUCCGAGUUCAGCGCACUCGAAGGCACCACACCUGGGGCGGUCCUUGGUGGCCACGAGAAUAGACAGCAUUUCUGACUCUCGGCUGUAUGACAGUUCUCCUUCCAGACAAAGAAAACCUUACACCCGCCAGGAAGGGCUGGGAAGCUGGGAUAGGCAGAGCUACGGGAUCGAUGUGUACGGCUACCGGCAGACUUAUUCUUUGCCUGACACCUCCACGCAGCCGUGUUACGAGCAGUUCACCUUCCAGAGCCUCCCUGAGCAGCCGGAGCCCACCUGGCGCAUCCCGUACUGCGGAGUGCCGCAAGACCCCCCCAGGUACCAAGACAGCCGAGAAAAGAUUUAUAUCAACUUGUGCAACAUCUUCCCACCUGACCUUGUGAGAAUUGUCAUGAAAAGGAACCCUCACAUGACAGACGCCCAGCAGCUGGCUGCAGCCAUUUUAGUGGAGAAAUCACAGCUGGGUUAUUGAAAGAUGAUGCAUCUUUGUGGUGUUUAGUAGUUUUUUGUUCAGCUCAAAUGCUGAGGGAGGUUUGCUACAAUAGCACAUGUGAUCUCCUUCUCAGCAAGGAGGUUAUAUAGUAUCCAUUUAUGUGAAAUACUGUAUCAUGGAAUCUGUAUGUAUAGCCCCACAUAGUGGAAGUAUCACGGGAUUGCUUUACAUUCAAACUUUUUUUUAAUAUUUCCUUUUUAAAGCUAUAUCCUUGGCUGGAGAUUUUUCCAGUUUGAUUUAUUAGAUGUAUCUGUGAUCUUUGAUAUUAAUCUUUGGUGCAUCAGGGGUUUAUAUGCAGCACUUUUUAUCCUUGUUUCAUGUUUUAUUAACUUGGUGUUUGUCUAUCAAUUGCAAGCAAUUACAAUACCUUUAGAAUGUUGAACAUUUGACUAGACCUAGCAAACUAUUUUUUCAAGCCAAGCAUAAUUGGAAUCUUUUACAGCUUUUUAAGUUAUUUUUAUUUGGGGAAAGUGGGCUUCUUUGUGCUAUAAUCAUUAUUUAUAGAAACAAAGAUAUACUACAGCACUGACUUUAUAUUUUAAACAAAAUGAAAGUUACCAGUUUAUGUUGAAAUGGGUAACAGUAUAUAUUAGAAUGAUUUACAGUAUGGCACUUUUCGUUGUUUUAUUUUCGUUUGGAUUUUCUGUGUUAAGUAAUUUGUUAAUUUAAUGUGGUUGAUUUAAAGGA